UUGUAAUCGAUUAUUUUGUACUUACACGAUCGUAAUGAAAAUUUCAGAAGACAACAAUGAUCCUGUUGUUAUGCCAAUUCUUUUACCUUUUGGCGUCAGGUGAGGACAGCAGAGACCUGAACGAUGACGACAACGAAGAUCUCGGAAGAAAAUUACACAGGAAAAAGCACCAAAAUAUGGGCCCUUGCGGAGGCUAUGGAAGGUCUUUCGGAAACACUUACGUGUACGCUCCGGUGAUGAAUUAUAUUUUCGGAUGUGGAGGAGGAGCUCCGGGCUAUGGAAAUCAGGGCCAUCAUGGUCAUCAUGGGCAUCACGGACAUCAUGGUCAUCACGGUCACGAGGGAUAUCAAGGUUAUCAGGGCUACGCGCCAGGUUUCCACCAGCCCUUCGUUCAACCAGUCGGACCAUUCAACGGAGCAGUGUCUGGAGUCGGAUCAUUACUUUCUGGAUAUUUGUCACAUCCUUACAAAACGCAACGGCAGAUCAACAAGUUCUUCAGACCAUUCACGAAGCUAUUUUGAAAGUGUUUUUAGUGUUGCAUGAAUUUGAACAUGAAAGUGGUGUGUUUUAUACUGUUUAAUUUUGAUUACUCAUGAUUAUGAGAAAUCUUUAGUCUGUCCGACCAUGUGAUAACGUUAUAUUAAAUUGAAUUGUGAGUAAGAUAUUGGUGAACCGAUUUUAAACUUGAAAGGGUCUCAAACGGGGUCGUCCACAAUGUUUUUAGCAUUGCAAAAUAAUAAUAAUAUUGUUGUAAUAGAAACUGACACGCACAUCAACACGCGAAUUCUUCAUUAUUAAUUUAUAAAUUAAUGUACGAGUUAUGAUGGUUUUCAUAAUUAAAAAAACCGGUUCAUGUUAUGUAUGCGUUUAACUAAGAAAUAGUAAAUCGAAUUUAAAUCUUAACACACGGUGUUAGUCAGUUCUGAUAGUUAUGUACAGAGAAGAUGGAGAGUUUGCGGUUGAUCAGAUAGCACAGUGUUAGAGGAACAUUAAUAUUGUUAAUGGUAUAUGUGUCAGUUGUAUUUAUGAGCUCAUUUGUCAGCGUAGGAGUGCGUUCGUACCAUCAUCGUUAUCUAUAGGGCCAGACCGAUAACUGACAUAGCCUGGAGGAUUGUGAGAUCGAAUUGGGCAGGGCGCAUUGCUCGAAGCAAAGACCGCCGCCGAGCAAAAAGUUAUUGAACAGUGACCGUGCACUGGAAGACGCAGCGUGGGUAGACCAGCCAUAAAGUGGACCGUCGACCUGUUGAAGGUCGCGAGGAUAUGUUCAAUGCGGGCAGCGCAGGGCCAGUCGUUAUGGAGAACCUCGGGAGAGGUCUAUGUUCAGCAACGGACGUCUGUCAGUUGAUGAUUUCAGGGGGGCAAGUAGACGUUUACAACAAUACGAACACGUUUUGCUUGAACGAUCUGACUCGGAUCCAAAUCACAUUUAGUAAAAAAAUACAAACUCGCUUGAGUAACUUUAAUUGAAAUCAACACGGCUGACGAUAU